AUGAAUGGCCUUCAUUCAAUUAUUCUUGGAACUGUUAGAGGAUUGCUUUAUGUGGUCAUCUUGAUGGGUUGUGUCCUUCCAUUCCUUUUCAGUGCUAUUGGAAAAAUCAUUGGUAUGGUCCCUGUCUUGGUUUUGAAUUUUGUUAGCUCAACGGAGCACACGAGUUCGCCUACGCUUCCCAGCUAUCAGCAAAGAGACAAUACACUUGCUCCUCCACCGACGGAUACGAAUGAAGAAAUAGAGUUGCAGAGUAAUCCUGGUACUCAAAUUUAG